CAUUCACGGUCGGUUUGAGGAAUUUCUUUAUUUCUUUAUUUCUUUCUUAUUGAAGGCGGGCAGGCGAGGGGGGGUGAAAAAAAUCGGUAUCAUACUCCGGUGGGCGAUGCUGCGAACUCCGGGAUGGUAUUCUGGCGCCUACGGUCGGGAAAAGAGUCAUUCUUGGAGGACUUUUGGAAAACAAGGCGACAAAGAAUAGUACCCGUACGCUGUCGAAGCUUCAUAGAGAUAGAUACCUUGGUCAUACGGUAGUUUUCCACUCUCUGUGGGCGGUCCAAUCAAAGAGGGAGCACUUUGCUCCCUCUGAGCUGGUGUGUGCCGUGGAAUACUCGUACUGUAGUCUACGUGUACCGGCGGCAUCAUAACUGUACGAGUACAGUAUGAUACGGGUAUGGCGGUGGGUUAAGAAAAAAAAAAAAGUAAGGCUCGGAUUCGAAUACCGGUAUGAUUACCUUACCGUAAGUAUAUCCGUGGCUUCACCGAGGAAGGUUUCUGGAUCCCAGUCUCUCUGGCUGAUUAUGGGUGAGAUUCAUGGGAAGGAUGGUGGUGAUUGGCUCACGGUAUUCGUUGGGGGGAGAAAAACAUCUCAAAAUGGCAUUGGAUUGGGUGUGUGUGUGUCUAGGCUAUGCAUUUCUGGGUUGCAGCUGGCCAUCGGUUGCAGGGUUGUAGGCAGGGGCCGUCGUUGGGUGGGGCGCUAGCGCGAUCCCAUGUUGCUACGAAGCUUUUGCGUUGCAAUUUUCCCAUACAAAUUUUGUACGAGAAAAACAGCUGGAAAACAGACGCUUUUUUUUCAAGUUCCGCCCUCGGUUGCAACGGUGCUUCUUCGCAACCCUUCUUCCUCUCUCCUAACCCAGCCCCGUUCGUUUUUCCUUACCUAACCCUGCCGUCGCUGUGUGAUCUCUUUCCGCCGCAAGAAGUAUAUAAGGCUCCUAUCUCCCUCCUCUUCGCUUCCUUCCUUCCUUCUCCUCAACAACCAACUCACUUCCUAAAUCUCUACAUACUUCACAACAAAAACACAACCACAAACUUCCAAAACAAUGGCCCGUACCAAACAGGUAAAUAUUCCUUCUAGUCAUAUCAUCCUAUUUAUGAUAUUUCUCUUUUCCUUUUCCCUUCCCUUUUUCCCUUGUGGUUGUCUGCUUUGCAGCUCCUACUUGUUCGCUUAAUUUAAGGUUGAAUGUCACUGACGUGUCUUUCUAGACCGCUCGCAAGUCCACUGGAGGAAAGGCUCCUCGCAAGCAAUUCUCCCAUAAGGUUGCUCGCAAGUCCGCCCCCUCUACCGGUAAGUUUCUCUGUCCCCUGUUUGCUUUUUUGUUGAUCGAGAUCUGAUACGUUCCUGCAGGUGGUGUCAAGAAGCCUCAUAGGUAUAAGCCUGGUACCGUCGCUCUUCGUGAGAUUCGUCGUUACCAAAAGUCUACCGAGCUUUUGAUUCGCAAGCUCCCGUUCCAGAGAUUGGUUCGUGAGAUCGCCCAGGACUUCAAAUCCGAUCUUCGCUUCCAGUCCUCUGCCAUCGGUGCUCUUCAGGAGUCCGUUGAGGCUUACUUGGUCUCCCUCUUCGAGGAUACCAACCUUUGUGGUAUGUGUUUACAUUAUCUGUGACUCAGCAAUUUACUAAUGUAUUUGUCACUAGCUAUCCACGCCAAGCGUGUCACCAUUCAGUCUAAGGACAUCCAGCUUGCUCGCCGUCUCCGUGGCGAGCGCUCUUAAAAAAAACUUUCCCUUACCUCUACAAUAAUUCUUCGUCUCAAUAAUUUGUUUCAUCCUUAAUUCUCGUUGGUUUUCGAUGGAACUAGUCUGCGAGAUGGGGUUUUCUUUUCAAUGAUAUCUGGUUUGGGGUUGGUUUGUUGUCACUUUUAAACGAAAAUGAAAUGGUUUGAUAGUCGCCGGUUUUUCUUUCUCUUGGGAUCUGGGUUCUUUUCCUUUUUUCUUCUUUGUCGACAUUACGGUGGCCGUGUAUCAUAGUUAUAUCAGUGUUUUCAAGGCACCCAAUCGGAAGGUUGUCUCUUAGCUUUUUUGUGAUGGCCACUGUCCUGUACCGUUUGUGAUCGUACUAGUGCAUCUGGGAAAUAAAAAUGCGAAUCCAAGUGCCGUGAAGACUGGUAUCAUAGACUGGAAUCUUUCUAUCGGGCUAGCAUCACCAUUUUGUAUUUUUA